AUGAGCAAGAAAGGAACACGAGCACAGCUGAGCUGUUCUGGGAAUCUGGGAACAUCUGCUUUAUCGAACUUGAAUCAAUACUCAACGAAUGUCCUGAUAAUUUCGUUGACGCUAUCUUUAACAAGUUCAUCGUCAAAGCACAGCUAUCUGGCUGAAUUUGUCAGCAAGGCUCGGAAGGCCAAACAAUGCCUAAGUGACAUUGGACUGCCCGAAGCCGCCAACAACCCUGUCUACAUUAACGAUCACCUCACCCCCGAAAACAAGGCACUCUUUUCUCAGGCACUGGCUUCAAAGAAGGGGAACAACCGGAAAUUCUUGUGGACAGAUAACUGUCAAAUAAAAGCCAGGAAGACAACGGAGAGCAAGGUGCUACGCAUCACCUGCGAAGCCGACCUGCCCGAAAAUCUGCUAUUUGCAUUGCCUUCCUGUGGCUAUGCAGGUUUCCUAUCUACAGCGUCCGUGAAAGAGUACGAUUCAUUUGUGUCCGUAAAAGACGGACUACAUUCCUGCCGUCAGUGCAACUACGUGACCAAUAUCAAGACAAACAUGGUCGUACAUGUUCGAAGACACACUGGCGAGCGCCCAUUCAAGUGCCACCUGUGUCCGGCCGCAUUCGUCCAGGCCGACAAACUCGCACAGCACAUUCGUACCCACACAGGAGAUCGUCCUUUUUCCUGUGUCCGCUGCAUUGCAUCUUUUUCACAAAGAUGCCACCUCGUUCGCCACAUGUCAACGCAUCUAAACAAGAAGCGAAUAUGA